GCGGCACGAGAAUCUCCCACAUCUCUUUCUAAACUAUUUGCAACACAAACCACUUUCUCUCCACCUCCCUCGUACCUCUAGGGUUUCACACACUCAAAUUCGAUCUCACCACCCAAUCCAGUUCAAUGGCGGACGAACCAGUAGUCCCUUCGUCGCCUCAACAACCACCAUCUUCAUCCAACUCCAACGCCGCUCCUCUUGGCCACAACGUCAUCCCCAUCGUGAACAAGCUCCAAGACAUUUUCGCCCAGCUUGGAAGCUCCUCUACUAUCGAGCUCCCUCAGGUCGCCGUUGUUGGUAGCCAGAGCAGUGGUAAGUCCAGUGUGCUUGAAGCUCUCGUUGGCCGUGACUUCUUGCCCAGGGGAUCCGACAUCUGCACUCGCCGACCUCUCGUGCUUCAGCUGCUUCAGACGAAGCGGAAGCCUGACGGCACCGAUGAAGAGUAUGGUGAGUUUUUACACGUGCCGGGGAAGAGGUUCUAUAAUUUCAAUGAAAUUCGUAAGGAAAUUCAGGCUGAGACAGAUAGGGAAGCAGGAGGAAACAAGGGUGUCUCUGAUAAACAAAUUCGUUUAAAGAUUUUUCACCUAAUGCUUCCCAGCUGUUUAAUCCUAGCUGUCACACCCGCAAAUGCUGACCUUGCCAACUCAGAUGCACUUCAAAUCGCUGGAAAUGCAGAUCCUGAUGGCUACAGGACAAUUGGUGUGAUCACAAAGUUGGAUAUUAUGGAUAGAGGAACCGAUGCACGUAAUUUUUUGCUUGGAAAAGUGAUCCCCCUUCGACUUGGCUUUAUUGGUGUUGUAAAUCGUAGUCAGGAGGAUAUUAUGUUCAACCGAACUAUUAAAGAUGCACUUGCAGCCGAAGAGAAAUUCUUUCGCAGUCGUCCAGUGUAUAAUGAGCUUGCAGAUCGUUGUGGGGUACCCCAGCUGGCAAAAAAGUUAAACCAGAUUUUGGUAAAACAUAUAAAAACAGUGUUACCAGGGUUAAAAGCACGUAUUAGUGCUGCAUUAGUUUCUGUAGCAAAAGAACAUGCUAGUUAUGGAGAGAUUACAGAGUCUAAGGCUGGCAUGGGAGCUCUUCUUCUAAAUAUUCUUUCAAAGUAUUCUGAAGCCUUUUCUUCAAUGAUUGAGGGUAAAAACGAAGAGAUGUCAACAUCUGAGUUGUCAGGAGGAGCAAGAAUACACUAUAUUUUCCAGUCAAUAUUUGUCAAAAGUUUGGAGGAAGUUGACCCUUGUGAGGACUUGACUGAUGAUGACAUCAGAACCGCUAUACAAAAUGCAACAGGCCCUAGAUCUGCAUUAUUUGUACCUGAAGUUCCAUUUGAAGUUCUAAUUAGACGACAAAUUGCUCGUUUACUAGAUCCAAGCCUUCAAUGUGCAAGAUUCAUUUACGAUGAAUUGAUAAAAAUGAGUCAUCGAUGCAUGGUGAAUGAGUUACAGAGAUUUCCUGUUCUCAGAAAGAGAAUGGAUGAUGUGAUAGGGAAUUUUUUACGCGAUGGUCUUCAGCCUUCUGAAACCAUGAUUGGGCACAUAGUUGAAAUGGAGAUGGAUUACAUAAACACUUCACACCCGAAUUUUGUGGGUGGGAGUAAAGCUGUGGAGGUUGCCUUGCAGCAAGUGAAAUCUUCUAAGCUUGCAACAACAGUAUCGAGGCAAAAGGAUGGAGUUGAGUCUGAAAAAGCUCCACAAUCUGAAAGGGGUAUUAAGUCACGUGCAAUUCUUGCUAGGCCUGUUAAUGGAAUUGUCACAGAACAGCAUAAUCAACCAGGGUCUCGAGCAGUUGGUGAGGUUGAGAAGCCAAUAGCUGGAAGCACAAGUUGGGGAAUCUCAUCGAUUUUUGGUGGGUCAGAAAGUCGCACUUCUGUGAAAGAAAAUCCUGCAAACAAGUUGUUUAAUGAUGAACCUAUUCAGGCUAUGGAUCAUUCAUUUUCUAUGAUCCAUUUGAGGGAGCCCCCAACAGUGUUGAGGCCCUCGGAUGCCCCCCAUUCAGAUCAGGAAUCCGUUGAGAUUCACGUUACAAAGCUUUUACUAAGGUCAUAUUAUGACAUUGUCAGAAAAAACAUCGAGGACUCGGUGCCUAAAGCAAUCAUGCACUUUUUGGUGAACCAUACGAAAAGAGAGCUCCACAAUGUGUUCAUCAAGAAGCUGUACAGAGACGAUUUGUUUGAACAAAUGUUACAAGAACCGGAUGAAGUUGCUACAAAAAGAAAACGUACCCGCGAUAUGUUACGUGUUCUUCAGCAAGCUUUUCGUACAUUGGAUGAACUACCACUGGAAGCGGAAACAGUGGAGAGAGGUUACAGUUUGACAAGCAACGACACAACGGGUCUCCCAAAGAUCCACGGGCUUCCCACAUCAUCUUCAUCAUCAUUCUAUAAUGAUUCAUAUGCAGCAGCUUCACCCAAGAACCAAAGGUCAAGAAAGUCAACAUCUAAUUCAGGAGAGCUGCAAUCACCUUUUUAUGGGAAUGUAGAAGCCAAUGGAAAUAGUCGCAGUUCCCUACUUGGUUUCUAUCCUACACUCGAUGAUCAGUAAACCCUCUCCUCUAGUCCCUCUCUAUCUGAAAGAAAUGAUUCGUUUAGUUCCAGUGAAGUUGUUGAUAUUAAUUAAUAUUAAUAUAUAGAAAAAUAUAAAGUGCAUUGUUUUGCUGACAGGAAUAGGGUUUAUUUAUCUCAGUUUUGGAACCCAUUUAAGUUCCAUAUUUUUUUUUUCACCAAACAAAUCUCAUAGCGCAUUAGGAAU